GCGUUGGCAGUCCCCAGCGAAAGUGCAAAAUAAAAACAACAAAAGUGAAAGUUUUGAUAUGAUAAUUCCUCAAAACAGAGAUGAGCAAUGCUCUCUGACUAUCUGUGAUUAAAAUAAUCAAGAACAUAACAACUUGCAUUAAAAAAUAUGGAAAAAUUAUAUAUGUAAUCAUUUGUUAAACAUUGAAAUAUGGAAAAUAUUUAAUUUAUACAUCAUAUAUCAUUUUAAACUUGUAAUAUUUUGUGUAUAAAUAAUCAAAAAUUUUGUCUGGCGCGCACUUUGGGUUCGUGACAGAAUAUAUUUGUAAAUAUCAACAAGCUAUGAUGAGCGCGGAUGCCAGGAUCAAGGAUAUGGAUUCGCGAGAAGCUGGAGAUCGGGGGUCAUCCGAGGCAGACAAGGAGACGGACAAAUGCAAUUCAAACUCGCAGCCAAGCGUCAGCGAUUGGGUGAAUUUCUCGCAGUGGAUUCACUGCUUCUGCGUGGUUACCUUCGAUUUGAACCUUGGGCAGGCUCUGGAGCACGUGUAUCCCGCCGAGUUCAUGCCCAGCGACCAGGAGGUGAGCAACAUCUGCUACAUGGCCUUCCCGGACUCCAACUCCGGCUGCAUGGGCGACACCAAGUUCCACAUGCGCCUGCGAUGCACUCGCAGACAGGAAUCCUUGCCAGGAUACAAUGCCGAGUGCUCGCCCGCACUGCGACAGGACGCGUCGCACUUCUGGGGCUUCGUCUACUUUCGCCAAAAGCGUGAUCCCAACCUGCCCCGCGGAUACUUUCAGAAGAGCUUCAUCAUCAUAACACGGCUGCCGUUCUUCAAUCUCUACUACGACAUACUGAACCAGUUGGCACCGCGCUACUUCGAAGAAGGCAUUGACGCGAUCCGACUGAUCAGCCAGCAAAUAAACGACCAGUGGCCCGCCCUCAGAGUGGGCAGCCUCUUGCAGUUGCCGCUCCUCAACUGCUGCUACCAGAUCUGCAUUCCAAGGGCGACGACCAGCAGGAAGAGCAUUGCAACCACUACCACCGAAACUUCGACGGGAUCACCUGCCGACUCCCUGCUUCCGGCUGGACUGCAAAAGGUCCUACCCUCCGUCAACGAAAUCGAGCUCUUCCGCUCCAUGGACUUUGUCAUGGAGCAGCUGUACACGCUCUGGGAGCUGGUGAUUACCGCCGAGCCCAUUGUCGUGGUGGGCACCUCGCCCGCCGACUGCUCCUACAUGGUUCAGUCGCUCCUGGCGCUGAUAGCCCCUCUGGAGUAUUGUGCUGAGGCGCGUCCCUACUUCACGAUCCACGACAGCGAGUUCCGCGAGUUUACCCAGGAGUGCUCCAACGCCAAAUCGCUGCCUGCCUGCAUUCUCGGCGUUACGAAUCCAUUCUUCGUGAAGCUCCUCAAGGACUGGCCGCACAUGCUCCGGCUGGUGGAUAACCAGAAAAAUAUGCAACAGCAACAGCAUCUCCUCCUCAGCCAGAAGCAUGCUCGGAGCAUAGCCUCGGCCACCUCCUUCUCCAGUUCGUCGGGCGCAGCCGGAGAUCUGGCGGCCAGAGCCUCCAAGUCCAGCGCGGGAUUGAACGGGGGCGGAGUAUCAGGGAGCUUAAACGGGAACAGUGGCAUCAGCGGAACAGGGGACAGUUCCGCCGCCGGCCUGCAUAGCAAGUACAAGCCUUACCUGAAAAAGGACAAGUCCCUGAUCAAGAAGGUGCUGCUGGGCAUGAAAACCAAACGGCCGGAGCACGUACAGACCGCCCUGAUACGCCGCAAUCUGCUGGAGCUGACCCAGAGCUUUAUGAUUCCGCUGGAGCGGUACAUGGCCUCGCUGAUGCCCCUCCAAAAGGACAUUAGUCCGUUCAAAUCGGCGCCCAACGCCAGCAGCUUCAAGCUGGACGACUUCCUGGCCACGCUGGAGAAUGCCGGGCCGCAACUGACGUCGCCGUUAAAGGGCGACUGGAAGGGCUUGUAUCGCCGCUUCUUCCGCUCGCCCAAUUUCCGGGGAUGGUACGAGGCGCGCCACCGAGAGCUGCAACUAACACUUCAGGACCUCCAGCUGCAGGCCCUCUCCGAGGCGAACCUGGAGCACUGGGCGCACGACAAGCAGGAGGUCGAGAUCAUCGAUAUGAUACUCAAGCUCAAGCAGAAACUGAAUCUCUACAGCGACAAGGCGCCCGCGCUGGAAGGCGGAGGACCAAAUGGCACCCAGCAGCAGAUCAGGGCCCAGAUCGAGUGCAUGAAGGGUCUGCUGCCGCCGGAUCUCAAGAAUGUGGUGAACCUCUGAUCCUGGUCUGUCUGCCGGGGUCUGUCUGUUAUUCACUGUGUGUGUGUGUUUGUUUGUGUGUAUGUGUGUGUCCUGUCUGUCUGUCUGUGUGCGUGAACCGAGGUCCUUUGUACAUAAGUUUUAUCAGGAGAUUAGUCGCUGUAUUUAGCCGUGUCUAGUUUAAUUGUAAUAUUUAAAGAAAAAUGGAUACAAAAAAAUGGAUGGUUAGAGCCUCAGAUGUUAGCGCAAGCCAAGUAUUAAAUUUAAUUCAUAUUUUAUUCCAAAAUCUUGUAGUAGAUCCCCCCGCUCCCCCACGAAAAUGCUCAUGUCCUUGACUAUCUCAAGUAGGCACCUAUAUCCUAUAUAUCCUAUAUCUUCAAACGGGUUUAAACUACGAAUUUUUACCGAAUACCGAAGCUAAAAAAAAACAUUGAAGUUAGUUCGCUAAAAUAUCCUUUAUCCUUUCAAGAGCCACCUACAUCCCUACGUCCUUGGCGGCCAGUUAUGUUCUCAAUAUUUGAAUUAUUUGUUGUGAAAAUUGAUCGCUUAUUGAAUCGUUUGUGUCUACGACUGUCUCAAAUACAAGGAAAUUACAUAUAAA